UAUUUAAUCUGUUUUCGUACGUUCGAGAGAGAUCGCGAUUAGCACAGAUCCGUGGACGGCGCUUAUUGUUGUUCGGCCCGAUAACGGCGAAGGCCGGCUAUAUUUAACCGGCUGCUUCAUCACUGAUUGCGAAGCGCGCCAAGGUUGGAUCGCGGCGUUAUCGCUAUCGUUGGUGUAUCGAAAGAGGUGGAGAAUUUCAAGUAUCGAUGAAUCGUCACGGAUUCCUAAAAACUCUUUUCGAACUGUUAAUAAGAUUUCUCGCCCGAUUCUUGUACACACACGAGUGGAAAUCGAGGUUGUAUUAAACAGACUACCUGUCCACCAGACGCAUAAAUCACCCGACAACGCCCACGACCGAGCAAUGUUUUCCACGAUCCUCGCGAUCAAUGCGAUCAUUGUUAUUCCCUCCUCGCGCGCGUGUAACUCGUGCGUGUAGAUCGGCCAACUCUUGAUCACGAAACGGAAUUCCCAGCGGCAGGUUGUGCGGAGAAACCGCGUAGGACGAAAGCACCGAUAAGAGAGAUCGCGAAACUAUCGAUAUCGAGUCGCGACAUCCAUGAAACGUUUUUUCUUUUUUUUUUUUUUUGGAUUCGACAGCUUGACGAUUUAUUUAUUUAUUUUUUCUGGAAUAUUUUUUUCGAAUGCAAGAUGGUUCCAUGACUUUUCAUCGCUUCGAAAUAUUUUCGAAAUAUUUAGAGAUAAAAGAUCGCAACGCGCACGUUCUUUGCGCGCGAAAAUCUGUUAUUGAACAACGGGGGGAAAAAAAAUUAAAAACAAUUAAUUUUUGUUCCACGAACGUUUCGAUCCCCAAUCGUUCUCGUUCCCAGAUUGAUUGUACAUACACACGGUACAACGAUUCCUGCCGCUUAUUAUUAUCGAGCCGCGUGCACCUCCAUACACUCGUUCGCGCGUCUCUGAAAAUAAAGCGCGCGAAAAGAUAGGGUGGAUCAAAAAUCAAAACAGGUCCCUGUGUGCGUUUGUGAGCGCGCGCGUUGUUUGCACAGGGCUCGAUUUGUUUCCCCUGGCGCGCGUGAUGCAGAAAACCAAUAUGGCAUAUUCAGUUUCCGGCCCGUUAAUAGCGCGGAUAUGAAUUUUUCAGCUGACCGGAUUCCGGCCUUCGUGUCACGUACCUCGAACCAGCUCGAACCAACGUCCAACAUCCUCGACACGCUGGCUUCCACCGCUGAAAUAAUUGUUUUUUCUCCUUUUUUCCCCCCUUUUCUUCUUUGGAUGACACCGUUAAUUAAACUUAUCAUCUCUAUUUUGCAUACAAAUUCCUCCCAGCUGGUUAUUAACGCCGUUCCGUUCCGAGUAUAAAUAGUCGUGAUUGAGAGAGAGAGCUUGCAUUUUUUUAUCCUAGCGAUUGAUUCUAAAAUAAACUUUUCUUUUGUAUAUACAUUCGGUAUGAUAGUUGUCAUCGCUUUCAGUUAGGCGGAUAUCGAUCUUUAAUAAAUACGAGAAGAAUUGUAAAAUUGUAAAAUUUCCGUUCUUUCGAAAGAUACAUUCAUCUAACAUUGCUAGCAUUCGUUGUCCCUUGGUUUAUCUCGUUCCUCGAUAUCCCGUGUUUCGCAUCGAUCCUCGUUCCGAAUGGAAUUCGACGACAAGUUUUCGGAGAACAGGUGCGACCGAUUCGCCAACGUAUGACUCCGUUUCCUUGCCCGAUCAAUUUGAUUUCGUUUCCAUGGCGGGAGGCAAGUUUUGAGAAAGGCGCGGAUAUCGUGUGUCCAAGAACUUAAGUCGAGGAUAGAGUUUGCAAACUGAGUUCCCGUACGAGUUCGGGCGCAGUUGCAAUUUCUGCGAAACAGCUUCGAGGAAAGAUAUUGUUUGCAAAACGCGGCUUUAUCCGAACGAGGUGAAACGUAUCCUCGUUUUAGCAGCAUCGUAUCAUCUUCCCGACGAUCGUCUCUCCGUUAACUUUUCAUUUCUUGUAGAAAAAAAAGAGAAGAUAAGGUUACGCUCGAAACUUUCACAACCAUCGAAGAAUACUUUCCAAGACGCUGUUUCGAAUAGAUUCGAAACUGGAAUUCAUACGAGGGAAUCGAGAUAUUGAAUCUGAAAGAAAUAUCAUGCAAUUUCACGAUCGAUGAAAUUGUGAAGACUAUUUAAAGUACACGCAUCUAGUAACGAAAAAGAAAAUUGCCAUAGAAAUGUCGUUGUAAGAGUUAGAUUUAAAAAAUUGCUUCAAAAAUAUUGCGGGAGAAAAACUUCAAGUUCGAUCACGAUACGAUCUAACGCAAUCCCUCUUUUCUUCUUCUUUCUAGAUUCGAAUCUCCGAUAGAAGGAACCCUUCUUCGAUCCUCGUUAACGUUUAGUUGCGCGUUUCGGUGAUGCUUCUCCCGACGAGAAUAAUAUAUCGUAGAAUUCCAUCACGUGAAACUCCAACUAAAUGGGGGGAAAAUGAUUUUAAAAUUGGGAGCGAGAUGGGAAGGUAUGCGAAGAGAAAAAUCCUUGGCCCCUUUUUUCAUCAACGAUGCACUCUUUAACGGCGCUUAAUUAACUCUUAUCCCGCCGAUCCAUCUCAGAAAUACCAUUCCUCCCCGUAACCUUAGAAACCGCCACGAGGUAGAAUGCCAACGUGGCCGAUACAGAAUAAGGGUAAUUUUUCAUCGAGCCUUGUUACCCUUCUCCUCUACCCCUUAAUGGGGGCGGACAUAUUUCGCGAAAGUUUUAGUUUCGGUCGAGUUCUAAUUCGUAGGCCGUUAAAGGAGGGAAAAGAUGGUCUGUAAAUCUGUCUCGUUAUCGGUGCCAAUGUUUCACGACCGAGGACAAGGAUGGAUACAGUUGCAAAUUGAAAUACAGUACUUUCAAGAAUAAGAGGCUAUCUCGUAAAACGAUACAAGUUGAUCAGAUCGGUAUCGAUAUAUAGGAUCAAGGAUCUUGAUGGAAACUGUCUAUUUAAUGACGGAGAACGUCGCCUUCAUAAUAAUGAAUAUACAUGCUGUUGAAAUUCCCCAUGCAUCGUAUUAGAAUUUUUGUAAAUUCUCGAAGGAAACGCGAAAAGUGAAAAAAUCGGUCUUCGAUAAAUAUUUUACGAUCGAUGAAGAAUUAAUGGGAUCGAUUUUUAUAAAAAAAUCUUGAUUCUAUUUAUCUCAAGGAAGGAGAAAGACGUACAUCGUGCAAAAGUGAAUCGAAGGAAGGCAAGAAAGAAAAUUAAUGCACAGUGGACAGUUGCUGGACGGAUUCAUAACUUAUAAAUCAAACCCGUAUUCGUAGGGGAAAGGGGUCGACGGCCAUAUAUAUAUAUAUAUCAUGACGUCGUGUGGACUGCAUUCUUCGUGAAAUGCAAUAACACCUCCCUGCAUUCUUCUUGUCUCACAACCUUCCCUCCCGUGCUUCGUUCUUCAUCGUGCGUGUUUCUGCUUUAUGAGAGCCCGUGUUAGGAUCUUCUCAACUUCUUCUCAACACGGUGGUCUGGCGGAGGAUGGAGGAAAAGCGUUAUAUUAAUAUCGCAUCGGGGACCAUCUGGCGGCGCGGCCGCGAGUUAUUAAAAUGUAAACUUCAUUAUCAUUCCUCCCCCCAUUGUAAUUACAUUUCUUUUUUUCCUCCCGCUCUUCUCGCCCUCCUUUCUUCUCGCAGUUACACUCUCGUCCACAAUUAAUCGAACGGUUGUUAAUUUUAAAAUAUUUGAUUCGGCUUUAUAUAUUGAACAGAGUUGAAUUCCAAGAUAACUUUUUAUACGAGUGAAUUGUACAUGUUAUUCUUAUGCGUCGUAAAUUAAAAUUUUACUUUUCACGGUAUCCAUCAUAUUUAUACAUCCAUUUGCACGCGUUUUUUAAAUUAUUCACCUGUAUUUUCCAAAAACUAUAUACUUUCUCAAUUCUUCUGAAGUUAAAUGAAAAUCAUCAUAAUGGAUUAAAACGAAUUUAUCAAGAUUAUUAACAACUUAUUUUCUUGCAACGGUUCCUAAAUCUUUAUUAUAAUUAUAUAUGUAUAACGUUCAUUUUCAUCCACAUCUUGAAGUGUAUUUUUAAGCGUUCAAUGACUUACAGACGGGAGUGUACAUUAGCAAGAUCUCAUUCCAACGAGAAAGGGGAAAGAAAUCGAAGAGCGGAGAAAUAUCUUUCUCCACGUUCGAUUUCAUCUUUGCUUACUUUUCCACCACGAUCGAGAGUCUCCUUUUUACAGGGGCGGUCUGUCGCCCUCGUUUCAUAUCCCGAGGCGAAUUUUACAUUCGAUUGUCCGCGGUUAAAUUAGUUUUAAUCGACGUUUCGCUCGGUCUCGUCUAUUAUUGAUCACCCCGAGAGGGGAGGGAAUCGAGCACCUUUGAGAAAUAUUCUAACCAGAAGAACGUUAAACAACGAGAACGAAGUUGAUCCUCCGUUCUUUGAAUCGAAACUUUGGCGUGUAACGUUUUGUAUCAAUUGCCGCGUUAAAUGGAACGGAUGUAAAUUGUGUCCGUUGAGAAGAAUUUUCAUUUGGGAAAAAGAAAUUUUAACGGAACUUGAGAUUCAUAAAAUAUUAUGGAAUCUAUGAGGCGAAAGUCGUAAUGUUGGAAAUCUAUAUUUUGAUUUUUUACAAUUUCUCUAUCUUCGUCGCGUAAUCAAAAAUUAAACUCGAAAUGCAGAUAGAAAUAUCGUGAAAAUCAAGUAUUCGAGUUAAAUUAUUGUACCAAAAAGAAGAUUUUUUAAUUUAUUGGGGGAUUCUUAACAAAGAGUGUAUAUUCGUGGUGUUUCGAGGAGGGAAAUGUUUUAUGGUGAAAAGAAUAAAAAAGAGAAAGGAGGAGUAAAAUUUUCUAGCGAAAAAUUGUCAAAUACUAAUUGAAAUUCACUGAUUCUUGAAUAAUGGAUAGAUUGAUAGAUUGAUUCGCGAUGUGAACGAAUCUCUCCUUACUCUACGCGUGAAAAUAAGUAAAUAAAAUAAGAACAAAAUUUUAUCGUUCUUGAGAAAAUCUUAGAUUGUAGAUCGUGCGAGAUGUAAUCGAUAUAUUUUUAAUUAUAAUUUUUUUCGAAGAAUACCGUAAUAUAAAAAGUAUAAAAAAAAUAAUAAGAUUCUUAUUCGAUGUCUAAAUGUUUACACGUGUUGCAUUCGAAGCAAUUCUCCAAAUAACGAUAGAGCAAUGAAAUUUUAUAACAGAAUUGUCCCGCUCGUAUAAACACGUCAGAAUGGAAAUUCGGGCGCGUGGCACAUUUUUAAUAAUCCGCAUAAAAAAAAUACAUUUAACGCAACGUUUAUAACGAUAUUAAAUCGUUCUAUAAAUAAUGCGUUUUAUAAAAAUACAUAAAUUUAAAAUACAUAUAAAAAUAAAGUAGAGAUAAUUAAUUAAUCCUCACUUUCGAGAAUUAUUUCUUACGAUUCAGAGAAAUUUUGUAACUACUUCUCAAAGUAUAAUUACGUGUAAAAAUUCGAGACGAUCGAACAUUGGCAGUCUCUUUUAAUAAAUCAAAUUCAAAAUCGUUCCCUUUAAAAUAAAAAAAAUACAUCAUAAUUUUUUAAUCACGUUAAUAUACGAUUUUCUUUCAUCUUAUCGAAAUAUUCCCGUUAAAAUAAACAAAACUUAAAUUUCAAUAAAAACUGUACGGAAAAAGGAACUUCCUCCUUGAACUUACCAUCAUCCUAAACUUCGAUCCAAUUAUCUUACUAUUAUUCCACCGGUUAACCGCGUACCAAUUGCUAGAAAAUUACAAGGAAAAUUUCCUCCCCAAUUAUCCCUCCUUUUCCGGUGAAGAGAAUCUGGUGGCGAAUUUACGAUUAUUGAUAGCCAACCAACGAGGAUUUAUCGCGAAUUAAUAGCGGAUCGGAUGCAAAGCGAGGACGUAUUAUGUAAUUACUUUUCUCCGUUCCGGAAUCUGGCGGAAAUGGAAAUUACACACGGUGUAAGGGGGACAACAAUGUCGAAAAUUAACCACUUUUCGGCGAAUUGUUGUUAAUUAAUUCGGGCGGAAAGCCGGGGAAUAUGGGGGAUCGGUGUCGGCAUACGUUCGUCAACAAAGAGGCCGGCAAUUAAUUAACCAAAGUGGCGGGGGCGUGGAGCAUUGUUGCAGCCCGCCGACCUGGGCCAUUGUUGGAUGCGGGGGAGGGAUGGAUAGGUAGCCAGCCUCCUCUCGUCGACCACCCGAAACCCGUGUCCUUGUUUCCGCGUCCUUGCACCAAUACAAACUUGGCGCCCUCCCCCGGAAACCGUUCCUCCCGAGUCCUCCUUUCGACCACGAUUCCGACGUUCAGCAUUGUCGAGCCUCGCAGCCAUUGUAAACGCCUCGUAUCAAUUACGCGAUUCCCGAUUUAUCGCCCGUGUAAAAUCGCGCCGAUUUAUACCGGAUUUCGAUCGAGCCAGCAACUUGAGAAAUUAAUCGUAGAACUGGAUUCGAUAUAUACAUGUAUUGUUUCCAUUGGAGGAGUCCAGAUGGAGAACAUGAAAAAUGAUGUCGAAAUCUCGAGUCGAAAAGGAACGAAGAACGAGAGAGAGAAGCGCUGGUUGCAAACACCUCGAAAAUCGCGCCGAUUUAUACCGGACUAUUUAUAUUUCGAUCAAACGAGCAAACAAGCAACUUGAUAUAUAUAUAUAUAUAUAUAUAUAUAUAUAUAUAUAUAUAUAUAUAUAUAUUGUUCGAAAUGAAACGAAAAAUGAUAUCGAAUCGAAAAGGGAAAGUGAAAAAAGAACGGGAGAGAAGCGCUAGUUGGAAGAGUAAAUGGUCGGAAUGAUUGGAGAGGAGCGGUAGGAGAUACCGUUCAUUAAGUCGUUUCGCGCAGUCCGCCCACUCUCGCGACGAGGCAGGAGAGGAAAGAAAACUCUGGCUUCCCUUUGCUGAAAAAGAAAAGAAAAGAAAAGAAGCAGCGUGGGUCUACCUAGCACGUAUAUCCGAAAAAAGGGCAUCUCCAUCUCUCUCCUCGUCCGUUCUCAGUUUUUAUUUUCGACCAACGCUUUUCCAACUCCGCUCUUUCAUCAUCGACGGUGUCUCCGCCAACGCGUUUGACCCCCCACCAACAACCUUUCCGCGUCAACUCGCACGAAUGUAUUUAGGGCCGUUUUAGCGCUCCACGGCACGACUCGCUUCGAGUUCGCUCCCAUGCUAAUUAAGCUCCUCUCGAAAAGUUUUGCUGGAAACUUUACGCGCGAGCUUAACCGUUUACUGCAAUUUUGUAAUCUGAGGGGGGAGGUGGUUCUCCCGUUUAAAUUAUUAUAUCGUUAAUUCAAUUUACCAACUUCUGGUAUAUAAUAAACGGGGGAGGGUGUAAUACAAUCGAGUCCGUUGUUGGCACUCGCGGCCCUUUCGAGCGUUAAACGAGCGCGGUGAAUCGCCGAGGUGGCUGGAAGAUUGGAAAUUUCGUCAAAUUUCUUGCGGGACGAGCGCCGAAAAGAAGAAUGCCAGGGAUAUUGGGAGCGGUUGCAGCGGAUUGGUAAUGGGGGAGAGAGGGGCUUUGGAAUGGAAUGGAAUGGAAUGGAAUGGAAUUUCUGUCGAUCGAGUUUAUUAACCGAACUCUUGUUGAUUAAAUCCACUUAUUUAAACGCGAGCUCUUAUUAGUGGAAAGUGGCGGAGAAAUUCAACGAUGGCCAAUUACGAGGGCCGCUAUUGAAACUAAAUUUUAAUUAGUGUUCCAUUAAUUAAGUUACUCCGAGUGAAACUCGUAUUACUUGAAGAGUCAUAAGCAGCCCGGGGGACUCGAUGAACUUCUGUGGUAUCCGACGUUACAACGUUCAAACAAACCGUGUGAAUCAAAUUCUCAUCUCGGGCAAGGAAGUAGAUUUAUUUAUUUAUUCUGAUAAAUUUCGAUUUCAUCGAAAAAAAAACCCUCUCCAAGACGAAUCUCCAAGACGAAAAUUCACAUUUACAUUCACGAAGCACGACAUGUUCUCCUUUAAAUACAAUACGACGAUUUCUAUUGUUUUACUUUUUCCAUAUAUAUAUAUAAUUUACCAAAAAAAAAAAAGAACGACCUCCCAAACUCCUCGUCCUCCAAACUCCCUCCCAACAACCCACGCCGCAAAUUUCACCGCAGAACACCGUUUCGAAAAGCGUUUCCUUCCACCGAUUCCGCGCGACCUGAUGGCCAUUAUCAUAUUCCUCGCGUAUCAUAUCGAAUUUAUGGCUAAUAAAGGCCGAUCGAAUAACAGGCUUGCGGGGCCCGUUGGCACGGAAGAGGUAGGACCCCCGAUUCCGCGUCGUUCGAGCGCAGUUGGCCCCGGCCUUUAUAGUCGUAGCCAGUUGGCAGUGGUGGCAAUUGAUAUGCGCGCCAUUGAUAUAUGGGUGCAUAUUUCACAAGGUUGGCAAGUGCCGCGGCGAGCUCUCUCUCUCUUUCCUCCCGCUUUCUUAUCUUCCUCCUCCUCCUCCUCCUCGCGCUGUACGCGCACAGCGGUCCUCUUCGGUGCAACGCGACGCAGCACAACAGUAUUCGCUCGGCCAGCCAAAGAUCGGCUGCUACCCAAUACGCGGGCCCGUGAAUUAUGCCCGCCCUUUGUCAACCACCUUGACGCGUCUUUGAUUGGAAGACCGUCGCUUCCACGAAGAGAACAGCAAGGAGGGGGGAGGGCUUGCACGGGAUCUUUGCGAGGAAAACCUCUGACCUCCCCCCUCUGCCCUUCUGCGAUUAUAUGGCCGGGAGCCGAACGAAUGGGCCAGCACGCGACCCGUCGAUGGGGGUAAAUUACUCGAGGAACGGUUGUUUCUCCUCCGGAGGAGAAGGAGAAGGAGGAGGAACGCCGAGACUUCGAUCAACGAUACCGUUUUGCGUUUAUAAGCGCGCUAGAAAGCGGACACGUGAUAAUGAUUAUUCCUUGAUUGCAAAUCGCUCCGGAUGGAUUAAAUUUACAUUAAACGGAAUUAUGUGGAAGAAAUGCUCGUUACAAUAAUCUCAUUAUCCAUAACCACGAAUCAUCGUUCCAAGUUAGAACGAUUUUCAGAAAACUAUACUAUUUAAAAAAUUAUAUCCGACGUUGCAUUGUCAACGUAAAAUCAGAAUUAAUAAAACCCUUCUUAAUUCUUAAAAUCCUGAUAUCAUUCAUCGAUCCAACUAUAUUACAAUGUAACUAUGUAACAAUAAUAAUAGUAAUAAUAAUCAAUACCGCCCUGCGUAUAUCCGAGGGGAAGAAUUUUCAGAAAAUUUUCCAAAACGAUAAAAGAUAAAUUCCCAUUUCUGAAAUCCGUAUUCGAGUAAAAGGGAGUUUUCCUCCCCCGGCGCUGUAUCCUCCUCCGGUAUCCUACGCCAUUAGUACGAUAGGGGAUGGAAGGGGGAGGAGGGAAGGUUACCUUUCGAAAUCCGUUCCAGGGACAAGUUUCUCAAUUUUUCAUCAUCGUGGAACGGUGGCUCAAAGAGGCAGCCUCUUUUCACGGAACGGUAGACACUUUGCAGAAAAGGUGCGUAGAUUUUUUUUCGCGAGGUCGUUUCGGCGCAUUCCUUUGCGUAGGCGAGAGAGAGGGGGGGAGGCGUAGGGAGGGAGGGAGGAGGCCAGCAGAGAGGAGGUCUUUGAAUGCGAGACCGCGGAAUAAUUUAUAUGGAAAGUGAGAGAGAGACGCUUCUUGAGGAAGCAUUGUGCUUGGACUUGAAUUAAACAUCACCCUCCCCUCCCCCCCUCCCCUACCCUACCCCCUUGACUGGUGAGGUUCUGGCUGUGCCUCUUGGCGAUGUCGUGACUAGCGAGCACCGGGAUAAAGGGGGAUCAAUAGGGGCGGCAGGAAGUAGGGCUCUGCUACUAUACAAACCGGCAAGGUAUUCCUAUACCUACCAACUACGUAUCCCGUGGGACGUACCUGCGUAACGAGACAGAAACUACGACUUGGUUCGCUAUCAGAGACCGAUUUAUUGAUAUUAGCCUCAUGGCCGUUUCCAGCCACCCUCUGGAAACAUGUGAAGAAAUAUAUAUCGCAGGGAGAGCCUUGUGUGUCGCUCGUGUGUUAUCGAUAGAAAAAGAUUCUCGCGUGGUGUAAAAUUGUGGAAGAUGGAAAAGGUGUAAGAGAAAAUACGAAUCUUUUCUUCUCUCUCUCUCUCUCUCUUUUUAAAUCUCUAAUUUUAGGAAUCGAAAAUUCGAGACCCGAGGUGCUCGAAUUUUAGAAAAGAAAAGAGAUUUUUUUUUGUGUCGAGGCGAUCCAGGUUAAAAAUAGAUUCCUUCAAAAAGCAGAGAUCAUUUAUCCCGUUUUCCGCGUAUCGUUCAAAUCGAAAUUCUUUAAAUGAGAAAUUAUCUUGAAAUUUUUCUUUCGUUUCGCAAAUCCCGAGUUCAACAGGCGUAAUCCGCGUAAUAUCAGAACAGAUUUAAAUAAUUUCCCUCCACUUAUCAAGCGAUCCAUCAAGCAAACUUAUAUUCAAAGCGGUAGACCGAUUCUCGUUUCCUCAAGAGUCAAAGUCGGUCGUUCAUUCCUUGUGAAGCAUAAUUGCAUCUCUGAAAGCGUCGGUUUUAUUGAAAUAAAAUCAACGGUGAAUGAGCGAGUUAAAAACCGUUCCAAGAAGAUUUGUGUUUUUUCUUACUUUUAUUAUUACUUGCUGAACGUGAGGGCAGGAUAUGUGGUAAACACGAUAAAACGCGAGAAAAUUUCCUUCUUUCUCGUAGUUCAUUGUCGGCGAAUAAAAUAAAUGCGCUUGAUGAACCGCGCCUCGCACGAGAAACGCAUUUUUCACGUUAAUAAGAGAUAACUCGAGUAGCGCACGUGUUUGAUUUGCAUUCCGCGCACUUUCUUCGCUCGAAAUGCUCUUAUCAAUGUAUAAAACACGAAGCCAGUAACCGGUUGGAUACUUAUCGUUGACCCGAAUAACAAUGGAUUUACGUCGCACGCCUGGCCGCAAUAAUGGCGUACCGGUUCGGACACGACCUCCCUCGAGCGGAAGUUGAAGUCUCCUCUUCGAUUCAACGAUUUCAAAAGUUCAAGAUGUUGACAUUUUUAUUCGUUACGAUCCGUAUUCUGUAACAUUUUCGACGGAGAAGUAUUUCUUGAAGUUCAAUUUAUUCAUUUUUCUUUUUCUUUCUCCCUUAAUCAAAAUAUAAAUUAUUAUUUCAACUUCUUCGUCUUCUACUUUAACGAAUCUCUCGAAGAUCUCGCAUGCGAGGUUAAAAUUAAAUUCUUAGGAGAAACGUAAUGGAAAUAAUAAGAAGAAUAUGGCGAAGAAUUUUAAUAUCGUCAGAAAGAGAAAGGGUCGAAGGCACGUGGCAAUCCGUAACUGAAGUGUCCUCGUCAUAUGGCGACCGAUAGGCCACCAAAAUAAUGAUGGCGCGCAACAUGCCUCGAAAUCGGCGAGUGCUCGAAAACAUCGUAAAUUCCUUGACUCGAUCGAACGGCCAUCUGCCACACCGAAAGUUAAAAAAAAAAAAAGACACAGAUUGCCUCUUAAAUUUCAUUCUCCUCCCAGUAACGAUGAAAAAAAAUAAAUAAAUUUAACAUGCUCACUCGUGUCGUUGGAUCUGAUCUUUUUUCGCGUGCUUCGAAAGCGACACUCCUCGACCAAACCGCCUCUACGCAUAAUGGUGGAAGCACGAGUGCGAUGCUCGACUAGACAUUUCUUAAAAAAAAAAAAAAAAAAAGAAAAAGAAAAAAUAUGACGCUUGGGACGAAAUGAACCGUGUCUCUCGAACAGAAGUUUGGAAUCGUGUAUCGAUGAACGGAUACUGCUUUAUAAAUCGUUCAAUAGGGGUUCCUCUAGAUUUACGAGACUCGAAAAUUGCAUUUUUUAUGGAAGAAACAACCAAUUCCGUUUUUAUUACCAUUUUUCCUUUUUUUCUCCCCCAAACUCAAUAACGCUCCCCAUUUAUGUGAUCUUCAACUUUUUAACGAGCAGGCAACGAAAAGCAGACAGCCUCCAUUAUUUUUCCACGGAUCAUUUUGACACAGAUCUAAUAAGUCUAACGAAAUACCAACAUACAGCCUUCCCAUUCUCGAACCCUAAAGAUUUUCGUGAGAGCGGCGUGAAAGCGGUGUUCACCCCUCCCCUCCCCGUGACCACCGCUCUCCUUUAUGAGUUGUUGUCGUCGGCAACCUGUUCAAAUAUACUCUGGCGAGGGAAAGUUGACGCGGGGUAUGACGCGUCCUCGUGGUUCCAACGAAACUAAUCCAUUAUUCCGUAGAGGCGAAAAAAGGCGCCAAGAUUGUGUGUUGUGUAUCCCAUUGAAACGUGGAACAAGAGUGCGCUUCCGUGGAUGGGAUCGAAAGAAACGUCCUGAAAUAAUAUUUGAGAUGCACGCUGUUCGGAAAUAGCUUGGAUCCGCGCGUUAGUGGCGUAGGAACAAAUGACCGACAAAUAUGUAUACAACACUCGGACAGGGAAGAAAGAUCGGCAGCUGUCCUCGCGAUGCCUUGCGAUUUGCAUCCAGCUUUGCUAUCCAGUUUCGUGUCGCGUUCUCGAGGAAUCGAUCGGGCGCGAUCGAGUGGAAAUAAUAAAGAGCAGGUGCCCGUUUAAUUAAAUUUAGCGCGCUCAACACCCACCCAAUCUCGAAAUUUUUUCCACCGUCUUGGCACGUGAUAUUUUUUGUUCACCAAGCCACCGUCGCUUUUUCCAACCCGCGAUAGAUCGAAGCAAAAGUACGGCAGAUCGGUAUAUCGGUAGUUCCAUUACAAUACUCGUUCAAGAAUUGUCCUUUCCUUUUAAUUGUACUUCUAUUGCUUUUCUUUCGAAUGAAAUAUUACAAUUAUUGUUAUUAUUAUUUCUAUUCGAUGUAAAUUACAGUUGGAAUUUUAUCAUUUCUCGCCAGUUGGAGGAAAAAUAAUGAAGAAAUCGUCGGAUCGAAUUCGAAUCGAAUAAGCUCCUUUCUCGCUUCCCCCCGAUUGAUUUCUUUUUUAUAUUCGCUCCUCGCGAUUGCAUUCGGCGAACGACGCACGAUACUUGGAAAGAGCAACACACACGAUCCCCCACCAGUCGAGGGGUUAAAUCGUUCGAACAACACGAGGGGAUGGAAGAAUCGCGAAGUCACUAUCCAGCCACGGUGGAAUAUAAAUUUAUGGAAGAUAAAGUUUGACGAGGGCGAUGGGAAGCGGAGCGGGAGGGCGGGCAAUGGUUUCAAUGCGCCCCAAGGCGUUACUUUUCCAAGAACUUUGUUUUCUCACCGAAAUUCCGGCUGGCAGCUGCAACAACAGCAACGAGGCUAUGCCUAUCCUUUCACUCCAACUUUAUCUUUAUAAACCUCGGCUGCCGAACUUCGAGGACAAAGUCCGCGGCAGAGGAAUAACAGGAGUUUCCCGAUCGUAUAUGGACCAUUUUUUUUCUCCCCUCCUUCUUUCCUUUCUUUCCCUGUUUCCCUCUCUUUCUUCUUCUGUUUCGGAUAAAAGCGCACGACCAAUCUCGGAUCUCGGCGAAGAAAUUUCGAAAGUUUACUCUCGCCGACGUGCCGUGAACGAUAUCGAAACGAGGGGGAAACGAGAGGAUCGUUGGCUAAUAGAUGGAACGAAAGACAAAGAGGAGAGAGGAGGACAAAUGGAUCGAGAUGCCCUUUUAUUUAUUUAUUUAUUUAUUUUUUUCCCCGAAGCGCAACUUGAUCGAUCGUAUAAUGAUCGUAAUAAUCGGCGAGAGAACGAAUAACCGUUUAAACGACUUGCGAAAGCGUGAAAUUUCGUUAACGUUUAUUAUAACGUCGUCCCCCGUCUGGCUCGCUCGAUACAUGGUAUUAUUAUUUGAAAAGCUCUUCUCGUAAUGUCGAGAACAUUUGCUUUCCCGACUAAAUAUUUGCCGCGAGCCUCGGGACGAUUUUAACAUCUCAAAGCACACACUCGCCGCCGCGCUAUGACGAGGAACUGUCUUCUUCUCUUUUUACAAUUUUUCUCCUCUCUCGCUCUUCCUUUUUCCCUCCCCCUUCCCUUUCUUUCUUUCUCUCUUCCUUUCUUUCUUCCUCUUUUUUUCCUUUUUUUUUAUUCGGGAAACCUUAUAGCCAUUGUGUGCCCAAGAAUGGGUCUCCACCACGCACACGACCGCUGUACAAUGCACAGGACCAACGAGCAUCCAUUGUUUCUAUUGUUUGUCUAUACGCCGCUCCGCGUUGUCUACGGAUCUUUAAUUUAAAACACGAAUUUCCAUACGGUUUCGUGGUUCCCGAACUACGCAUUCUACCCAUACACUUUCGUACAGAGAAAACGAAACUGUUUAUCUCGGUUUUUCCCCACCCGUCCCUUCUUCCCUCACGCACCACCCCCUGCGAUGAAUCGUCCCAUCCCAUACACCCGUGAACCAAUUCCACCAUUUACCGUAUCGUUAAACACCUAUUCUCCCCGCGUCUAUGGGCGACGAUCGAACCGGCAAUUUCGAAUGGGAAUAUCUGUCCCACGUGGCGACAAAGGCAGCUCGUCGUCCGAGGCCAGACGAAUCGGUGGCGGCGAACAAUCGCCACAAUCAACCACCGACCAAACCCCUGCUGGCCACGACGCCCAACAGAUUCUCCGAUCUCCCUUCAACCACGACUCUUACUCGUGAGAGGCGCGAAAACUUCCACCCGGCCGAGAAUCCGACAAUUAUCGCCGCGGGGAUCACGCCCGCGACGAAGGAAGGAAGGAAAUAAAGGAGGGGGAGGGAAAGGAAGGGGUGGCGGAUCGUAAAUUACGGAACGGCAACAAUGAGACGAGAGCAGGAAUCUCCCUCCUCCCCUUCUCCGUCUAUGGGUGGCCGGCAAGGGGGCAAAUAUUUACCCCGGCCAAAACUGGAGGGUAAUAGAUUCGAGAUGACUUUUCAUUUAACCGGGCACAAAAGGUGGAGGCGCGUUUAGGGCCGGAAAACUCGCAGCCACCCGCUGCGGGGACGAUGUGCCCGGAACGAUUUCCAUUCAAAGGAAAGGGAAACGUAGGUAGCCGUUUGUCAACCGGGUUAGCUAAUUGUUAUUGCCCGCUAAUUUCCUUGGAUACCGGUUUAAACGGGGGAGCGUCUGAAAAUGCGCGCGCCCCCUAUCUGCAACGUUGUAUCGAUACAUUGUGCUCGUGCCAUUUUACUCGCAGGAACUCGAUUAUCAUUCUUUGAAAUCAAUCCUUCGAUUUUUUUUUUAUUUGUCGUAUUGUUGUUUCGACUGUUGUUUUAGCAUCGAUUAAUAUACACUUCGAUCCGUGUAUACUUGAUGAAAUUGUUGCUUUAGGUUACAUUAAAAUAUAAAAGUAAUUGUUGGGCAAAUUGAUAAUUUUUGGACGAUCGAUUUCCACAAACGUGGUAUUAUAUUUAUUUGUCUCGAUGACGUUAAUAAAGUUAAUCGUGGAGAGGAGGGGGCGGUGUUCAAAGUGAUAACAAGUGUACACCCGUAAGGCGGUCUCCAUCUACAAACACGGGGAUCAAAGGGCCCGGGCAAAGGACGACAGAACGCGUACGAUAACCUCUCAUAGCCACGAUCCAACGCUACCAAAGACGACGCUUUGUGAACUCCGUGGUCGUUUGUGCGAAAGAGAAACGUUAAUUAUUAUCUCUCGCUAAUUUCCCAGAUGUCGUGGACAUUGAGAGACCAAUUAUCAAACGCCACGCCGCAAGAAUCGACCCGAAGAAACGCGUUCAACCCUAGAAAUAAAUGAUCCGUGGUUCUUUUCUCAAAAGGGAGCAACAUCUCUCUCUCUCUUUCUCUUUCCCUCUCGCUUUAAUUGCUGGACCAACGCCAACUUCUCGAUACGUGCUACCGUAUUUGAUGCAGCCUAGCAAAAUCAUCCUGAUCUACGGUCGAUUAAUAUUUACUGGAAUAUAGAGACGUUUCAAACUUCUUCCCCCGUUAACAACUUCUUUUUCAAUUAUCCAGAUAUUGGUGAUUUCGUGAUAAAGGAAGAAAGAAUUCGUAAGGAAAAAGAAAAGGCAACGAUAAUGGUGAAACGAAACUUUGUCAUUUAUCUGUCCCGUUUCGAUGAAAAGUUUCGCGAUAAAAGUUCCAUCACGAAACGAGUCCAACGGAAGAUGACAAGAUAUCCUGUUUUCUGACUGAUUUCGCAUCAUUUAACUUAAUUUCUUCUCGUUUCGUCAAAAUCCUGUCUUUAAUUUCGCAAUAUCGUUUUGUCUCGCUUGCUAUUUUGAUUUAUCAUUAUUAAAUAUUAUCGUUGAAGCGAGAAAAGAUGUCAAAGGGUACGUAUUUUGAUACUUUCGUGGAUUGUUGAGUGAUAUAUUUUUUUUAUCGUUCGAUAAAGAAAUUUUUGCAAGAAAAUUAUUACAUAAAAGAAAGGAAUUGAUCAAUAUCUAAAAAAGACACGAAACCAUGCACCUCUCAAAACCUCCAUCCGAGUUCAAAUUUUUUCUACAAACAAUAAUAAUAAGAAAAAAAUCGAGAUGAUAAUCUCAACUAUAAAACACCCUGUACAGACACGAGACAGCAAAUGACACCCGUUAAUCGUUCAGAAUCGCUCUUUUCCGUUCGAAUCCCCCGUUCGAAGGUGCACGCCACUCGUGAUGCAUUACAACUUCCUCGAAAACCGAUCGAGACCCUGACACGUGACACACGACGUGCACGAGCACAGUGCACGAAGAAGAGAAAAGAGAAAGAGAGAGAGAGAGAAAAAUGAAGGAAAUCGGUUUCGAAGAUCGUGGUGGAACAGCUGUCCUUGACAUUGAACACACUGCGGUAUGCGCGUCCACUUCCGGUCGAGAUUGAGCGCCACGUGGUCGCGGAGGUGCCGUGGACAGCUGCGAACUUUUAAAGUUCGAAAAAAGCGUGGAAAGCGUCGGUAUCGAUACUUUUUGCACGCGCAGCGGGGGGAGAAACAUCGUCGACGACAACAUCCUGACAUUUCCCAGCCCACCGGCUUUUCUCCCUGGAUUUAUAGACCAUUCUCUCUCUCCCUUUCUCUCCCCUCCGUUUCGAUUUCUUUUCAGACGCUUCAUACUUGACCGGCUUCCCUAUCGUUGUCGCUCGAUAUCGUUAUUGCGAUUCCCUCCACGCAUCAACGCCGGUCUAAAUUCUUAGGCCAAUUACUGGGAAGCUCUAUCCCACGCGAAAACUUCGCCAAGUUUUACGCGAUUACACGGGAGGAGAGAGAAAUUUUCUCGACGCUUUCCCAAGAAUAUUUACGUUUCGAAACAGACAGUGAAGUUCUUCCGAUUUAUCGAUACGAUCCUUCACAUAAUAAAAAAAAAAAUUCAUUUUACUUCUUCCCUUUAUUCCGUGAACGGAUACCAUUUUCGCGGGAGGAGAAAAAUAUCGUCCUGACCCGUCGUGUCGCCUCACGGAAGAGAGCGAGAAAACUCGUGUACCUCGCAUGGAUCCAAGAACAGAUGGAUCGAAUUCCUAGGAGUACAUGCCUAUACAACCCCUUCCCUCCACUCCUUCGUCGCUAAUGGGUGUGCACACCAGAUCCAAAACACACGACGCGGUUAUGCUCGCCGCACACAGAGAGACAGACCUUAGACCGUCACCGUCCCCCAGUAUUAAUGCGAUAACUAACAAUAACAAGGUGAACCCUAAGCUAUGCGCCGAGAGACCAGUCUAUGUAUUUUCGUGAUUUCCGCGAUGCCUCCGGCGCGGUGGAUCCCUUUAUAGGUAGGGAACAACGACGCAACGAGAACUUUGAUCGUCGUGUUACAUUGUGGCAAACCGCCGAUACGAACGCUGGAUAAUCCCUUUUCGAGUAGGGGACGAAGGGUACUUUACCUCCAGCCAGGUUUGCCCUCGUUCAACAAUCCCUUCUCGACGUUCUUUCUCGCCUUAGGACACUUAGGGAUACGGUGUUUUACUCGGGGAUUUCGGUUCUCGUUACGGUAAUAGACCGGGGCACGGCUCUUCUUGCUCCACGAAAGUGUGGGUAGAUUGGUAACGUUGUGUGAAUUCGUAGAUUUUUUUUUUUUUUUUUGGAUGGUUUGGUAACGAAUUAGUUUUAAUAAUAACAGUUGUGAUCCAAAGUAGUAUAUUUCAUAUCCCUUCCCUCGCUCUAUAUGUCGAUUAUAGAUGACUCGUGAUGUCGUACGGAGUUGAUGCUCUUUGAGAUUAAGAAGCUUUCGAGCUAAUUGAUUUCGAUAUUCGUCGUAUCUGGCCCCGGAAUUUUUUCAAUUUUGGGUCGUCGUAAACAGACGAAAAUAAUUUCCAUUCAGAAAAUAAAAUCUCUGGACGAGUUUCGAAUUUAUCGCGCUUGAACCUUAUCGCGAACGAUGACGAUGGGCGUUCAAAGUUCAAUCGCCAGGAAUUUUUCGUAAUAAAAUUAUUUAAUUUUCGUGAAAAAGAAACUGUCCUUAUCGAUCGAGAAACUUUGGAAUUACGCGCGCUUGCAUAAAAAUUCCUCCGCACGAAAGAAUAUCGUGUGCCUGUCUCGCACGCACGCAAUUUUAAUAAACCCAAAAGGGGAGGAGAAAAAAUAUUCCCUUCGAAGAAGGGGAGAGAAUCGAGAGGUCAGGAAAGAAACGUUUGAUCAUCCUGUUACACUUUGGCUAACCACGACGUCGGUGAAAGAGAGAACAGAAGAAGGAUAAUCCUUCUUUUCCGACGAGAGAUUUCGAGAGAGGGAAUCUUGACGAAGUUUCACCUCGAGGCAGGCAGGUGCUGCACGAAACGCGGAACGCACCCUUUUUCGGCAUUCUUCGACAGUCAACGGGGAAGACGCUCUCUCUGCGACAUUGUUGACCCUCUGCCACAUGGCGUUUCGCAUAUGGCGCACGUUCUCCGUGCCGGUUAUUUUUAUACGGUUCUCGUUACGUUAUGAAAUUCAGCACGCGGUGGAGGCGGAUAACACACGAUGACAGAUUGGAGGCUGGCCCGUUUAGAGAGAAGAUUACAGCUGCGCGUUCAACCCCUGAUCGGUUCGUUAAAAAUGCGGAAGGAAUCGUGCAUGGUGAAAGAAGAAAAAAGGAGACGAGACGCGUGCACGAGAAUAUCGCAUAUCCACCAGAUUACCAUCGCUAAGAUAUUAUUUUUUGGGACGAAAGAAAAGAAAAAUAUAUCUCCUCUCGAUCGUUAAUUAGAAGAUCGGGUUUAAAAUUUUCGCCAUUCCGAUCCGAUUGAUGAUUCAUCCUGAUAGAUCUCGAAAAGAUAAUUUAAAACUACCUCGAACUGUAUCCUUGAACAAAUAACAAAUAAAAUUUCCCUCGGCUCAACUAUCGAACGUUACUACUCAUCGUCCAAAACUGCAUCCAUUAAGAGAUUAAAACGAAUCAAUCCGUUGUAUACCGGGCGAAAAUUCCAUUACGUAUUUACGCCGACAUUACGAUCCCGCGAUGCAUCCACGUCGUUCCUUGCAUUGUUCGGAAACUGCGGGUGGAAAGGAUUAAUAUAGGCGAUGAAGAGCGUAAAGUCAAUCGUGUGAAGUCUCGCGUAAAGUGCGCUUCGUUCGUGGAAAUCGAGGUAGUUUAAUCAGAAAACUGCAGGGAGCGGGGCCACGCGUAGCAGUAAGUACCCUCCAUCGGUGGAAUGUAAGGGCGUUUAAGUAGAUGGAGGGUAUAGACCCCUGUCUACUCCAUUUGCUUCCAGCCCGAGGGACUUCCCCGAUAUAUAUCCCAAUAUUCCUGGUAACAAUGAUGAAUCACUGCAGAGCACCUCUUGCGCAAGAAGUUGCACAUCCAAUACGCUCUGCAACGUCUCUUCGUUCCCCGUCUACCUCUGUCUCUUUCCGUCCAUUCUUCCCAUCUCACUUUUUCUCGCCGCGAUACUUUCAAAUAACCCGGUUUAACCGUAAUAAUACCGUGUAUCUCCAGUAUCCAGCGGCGGUUAUGUAAAAAGGCUGAUGUAACAGCCGGAUAAAUAUAAAUGCAUUAAUGCUUACUUUGAAAACUUUUCGAGGUGCAUUAGCUUUCGAAAGUAAGGAAAAAGUACGGGAACGCGGGGAAUGAUCCCGUGCAAUAUCGAGAGAUGAUUGCGUUUCCCUAGGUGUACGUGUUCGAGAACGAUACGGUGUUUCAAAUAUUAUCAUUAUUUGAAUAACGUUGCUAUAGAUUUGCACAUCAUUCGUUUCAAUAAAUGCAGCUGAAUAAUUUCAAUCUAUCGAAAUCUGAAUAUCAUUCUCGUAAUGAAUACACGCGUGUCGCUUGUAAUAUUUGACGACUUAAUUUAUAGUUUCGAUAAUUGUGUAUACAAACGUGGUAUUGGCGCGAAAGGCGACGAUCAUCCGUAAUAACCGAAACAAAAUAACAUCUUAAUCUAUUCGACUCGCCGUAUAAAAACAGUGUGGACACGUAUAUAACGCAUGACAAAUCGUUCUUCCCUUGUUUGCGAACCGUAUAAUCAUGCACACGUAUGCAAUCGUUAUACUUAAUUUCUCCCGUUUAUUCCGUUCUUUUUAUCAGCAUUUCGUUAAAUUUUCGUUUAAUAGCCGCAAACAGUUCAUCCGAGUACGCGUAUACGCGAGAGAAACAAGGAGAAAAAGCGAAAGAGGAACGCGGUUAUUUAUUGGCAUGAUAAAUCAACAGUUGAAACGCGUUCACGGCGACCAAUUAGCGUUGGAUGUUAAGAUGGUUGGGUCAGAACCCAUGUAAUAAUGACGAAUCAGUUCGGAGCCGGUCUGAUGGCAUGGCUGACUGCCUCUUAUUAAUAAAUUCGCUUCCCAUGCGACGUCCUAUGAAUCAUUCGAUAGGCAACAGGGGAGAUUCUAUUAAACUGAUUGGUUUAUGCCUCUACAGUUCAACUCGUAUCUAUUCGUCUUCGUUCUUAGGACCAAUAAACACAUUUAUACCCAAUCCACCUAUAUUCCUGUUAUCGAUCCUGCGACCGAAUAUCCAAGUAGGCAGCCGGAUAUUUGUUUAAAAUAUAAGACAUCGAUUUAUAAUUUAUUAGGAAAACAAUUUAUGUACGCUUGCCUCUCUUUUUGGUAACGGAAGAAAAAAGAUACGAAAUUCGAAACAUGAAGUAUCGAUAAACGUAAGAAUGUAUUUUUCAUGGCUCAAUAAAAACUGACAGCAAUACAAA